UGUGGCUGGCGGAGGGGAGCCGGUUCCUCCGGUAUCAUGGUGGCGCUGCGGGGCCUAGGGAGCGGCCUACAGCCCUGGUGCCCGGUGGAUCUCAACCUCGAAUGGGUAGAUACAGUAUGGGAACUGGACUUCACAGAGACUGAGCCAUUGGAUCCCAACAUAGAGGCGGAGAUCGUAGAGAGUGGAUUGAGUGCAUUCACAAAUCUCUAUGAAAGUCUUUUUCCCUUUGCUACUGAAGAACAUGCAUCUUCAGAGAACAUUUGGACCUUCUUCAUUGAGAACAAUAUUUCUCAUAGUAUGCUGGUGGCAUUAUUCUAUCACUUCGUCCAGGUAGCACAUAAGAAAAAUGUCAGUGUACAGCAUCGAGAAUAUGGCCUUCAUGCUGCUGGGCUUUAUUUUCUGCUACUAGAAAUACCAGGCAGUGUAGCCAAUCAAAUAUUCCACCCAGUGAUGUUUGAUAAGUGCAUUCAGAUUCUCAAGAAGAGCUGGCCUCAGGAAUCUAACUUGAAUAGGAAAAGGAAAAAAGAACAAGCUAAGAACUCUCAGGAUAACUCAAGAAGCAAUAGAAAAAGAGGAAAACCACCUAGGAAAGAUGAUACUGAGAUGGAUGAGCUUAUAGAAGAUGAAGAUGAAGAAAGCAUAUAUUUUUCUGCCCGGGACCUUUCUCAAAUUCGAAAUGCCAUAUUUCACCUUUUGAAGAAUUUUUUAAGGCUUCUGCCCAAGUUUUCUCUCAAAGAAAAGCCACAGUGUGUACAGACUUGUGUAGAGGUCUUUGUUGCAUUAACUAAUUUUGAGCCAAUUCCCCGUGAAUUUCAUGUUACACAAGCCAGAAAUCUUAAUGAAGCAAACUACAUAGCAGAACUGGCCUAUCAUGGAUUGCAUUUGCUGUGCUGUCCAACUCAUGGAGAAGGAAAUAAGGUUAUUGCCUAUAUUUUCCAUCAAAUGCUAAAUGUAAUAUUGAUGUUAGAAGUAGGCAAAAGAUCUCAUCACGCCCCCCUGCCUAUUACAUCACAAGUCAUUAGUCGAAGAAACCAAGCUGUCCAGUUUAUCAGUGCACUUGUGGAUGAACUGAAGGAAAGUAUAUUCCCAGUCCUUCGCAUUUUGCUGCAACACAUCUGUGCCAAGGUGAUAGAUAAAUCAGAGUAUCGGACCUCUGCAGCCCAGUCUCUGGUCCAGCUAUUGAGUAAACUUCCUUGUGGAGAAUAUGCUACAUUCAUUUCCUGGCUUUACAAAUACUCUCGCAGUUCCAAGGUCCCACACCGAGUUUUUACUCUCGAUGUUGCUCUAGCUCUCUUAGAGCUUCCUGAAAGAGAAGCAGAUGACACGGUCUCUUUGGAGCAUCAGAAGCUCUUAAAGCAUAAGUUCCUGGUGCAAGAGAUUAUGUUUGACCGUUGUUUAGACAAAGCACCUACUGUCCGCAGCAAGGCCCUGUCCAGCUUUGCACACUGUCUGGAUUUGUCUGUGAGCAGUGCACCUGAAAGUGUGCUGGAGAUCCUCAUUACCAGUCCUUUAAUUUCAAGAAUAGAGAGUGACACUGGUACCUUACUGAGAAAUUCAUCAGGGUUUUGCUAUCGGAAGCAGACGCCUACCACUUGUGAAGCCUCUGAGGAGGUGAACACAAACAACAGUGAGAGAGCUGGGUCUGAGGAGAGAUGUGUCCUGGCGAUGCUGAGGAUGAGAAUCAGGGAUGAGAAGAUCAACGUCAGGAAGUGUGCACUGCAGGUGUUGGUGAGCAUUUUGAAACACUGUGACAUCUUGGGUAUGGAGGAGGACCUGUCAAUCCUGCAGAACCACUGCCGGGACCCUGCAGUGUCUGUCCGGAAGCAGGCCUUACAAUCUCUUACUGAGCUGCUUUUGGCAAAACCAAAAUGUGUGUCGAUCCAAAAGGCCUGGCUGGCAGGCAUCAUCCCAGUGGUGAUGGACUCAGAGAGCACUGUGCAGGAGAAGGCCCUGGAGUGCCUGGACCAGCUCCUGCUGCAGCACAUUACGCACCCCAGCAAAUUUCACGCUGGGGAUGGCAGCCAGGCACUUGCAUGGGCACUUCUUACUCUUCUCACCACAGAAAGCCAGGAACUGAGCCGCUACUUAAAUAAGGCUUUUCAUAUAUGGUCGAAGCAAGACAAGUUCUCAACCACGUUUAUAAAUAAUGUGGUAUCUCACACUGGCAUGGAACACUCCAUACCAGCCUGGAUGCUGCUGUCCAAGAUUGCCUCCUCAUCACCCCAACUGGAUCACACAAGGAUAAUGCAGUCCUGGGAGAGAGUCAGCAGUCAGCAGAAUCCAAAUUCUAACACCUUAGGACAUAUACUGUGUGUCAUGGGACAUAUUGCUAAACAUCUUCCUAAGAGCAUACGGGACAAGGUGACGGAUGUCAUCAAGAACAAGCUGAAUGGAUUUCAUUGGUCUCUGGAGGUGAUCAGCUCGGCUGUUGAUACUUUGCAGAUGCUGUGUAGAGCGUCUGCAAGGACGCCUGCAGAAGAACAGGAGCUGAUGCAGCACGUGUGUGGGGAUGUGCUCUCCACCUGUGAGCACCACCUCUCCAGGAUCCUUCUGAAGGAGGACGGGGCAGGGACUGUAGAGGAAGACCUGUUGGUGAAAUAUAUUUUUACCCUGGGAGACGUAGCCCAACUGUGUCCAUCCAGAGUAGAGAAGCGAAUCUUUCUUCUGGUUCAGUCCAUCCUGGCUUCUUCCAUUGAUGGAGAUCAAUUACCAUCAUCUCCAGGUACCAGUGAUGCUCCACCUGCUCAGCCAGCCUCCCAGGUCAGAGGCUCUGUCAUGCCCUCUGUGAUCAGAGCGCAUGCCAUCAUCACCUUAGGUAAGCUAUGCUUACAGAAUGAGGACCUGGCAAAGGAGAGCAUCCCAGCCCUUGUGCGAGAGCUGGAAGUGUGUAAGGAUGUAGCCGUUCGCAACAAUGUCAUCAUCGUGAUGUGUGAUCUUUGUAUCCGAUACACUGUCAUGGUUGACAAGUACAUUCCCAAUAUCUCCAUUUGUCUGAAGGAUUCAGACCCAUUUAUCCGAAAGCAGACUCUGUUCUUGCUUACCAACCUCUUGCAGGAGGAGUUUGUGAAAUGGAAGGGCCCUCUGUUCUUUCACUUUGUCAGCACGCUGAUCGAUUCACAGCCAGAUGUUGCCAGUUUGGGGGAGUUUUGCCUGGCUCACUUGCUACUGAAGAGGAACCCUGUCAUGUUCUUCCAGCACUUUAUUGAGUGUAUAUUCCACUUCAACAACUAUGAGAAGCAUGAGAAGUAUAACAAAUUUCCCCAGUCCGAGAGAGAGAAGCGGCUGUUCUCACUGAAGGGAAAGACCAACAAGGGGAGGCGAAUGAGAAUCUACAAGUUUCUUCUAGAACACUUCACAGAUGAGCAGCGAUUCAAUAUCACUUCAAAAAUCUGCCUUAGUAUUCUGGCAUGCUUCGCCGAUGGCAUCUUACCGCUCGAUAUGGAGGCCAGUGAAUUGCUUUCAGACACAUUUGAUGUUCUCAGCUCAAAGGAGAUCAAGCUUCUGGCAAUGAGAGCUAAACCAUGCAAAGAUCUCCUUUUGGAAGAAGAUGACAUGGCUUUGGCAAAUGUGGUCAUGCAGGAAGCCCAGAUAAAGCUCAUCUCACAGGUUCAAAAGAGGAAUUUCAUAGAAAACAUUAUUCCAAUUAUCAUCUCCCUGAAGACUGUGCUGGAGAAAAAAAAGAUCCCAGCUUUACGAGAACUCAUGAACUAUCUCAGGGAAGUAAUGCAAGAUUACCGGGAUGAAAUCAAGGAUUUCUUUGCAGUUGACAAACAACUGGCAUCUGAACUUGAGUAUGACAUGAAGAAAUAUAACGAGCAGCUGGCCCAGGAACAAGAGCUGGCCAAGCAGGCUGAUAUGAACAGGGUGCUUGAUGGUGGUGAUGGGGUCCAAGCUGUGCAGGUUGGUCCUGGCUCAGAAGCAGUGCCAGCUCCUGCUGGCCAAGAAAAUGCUGCUGUGCCCCCAGCUGCAAGCUGGCCCUCAAUACCUGGAUCUAGCACUAGCACGGGUCACACACCAUCUUUGCCUCUCACACAAGAAGCUGGGCCUCUGAAGAUGUUAAUGCCCAGUGCCAGGCCCAUGUCCCUGAGCACCAUUGCCAUCCUGAAUUCCGUCAAGAAAGCCGUGGAGUCCAAGAAUAAACAUCGCAGCCAGGGCUCAGGAAUUCAUCCCUUUACUUUAAAGUUGGAAAGCCCAGAGAAACCAGGCAGCCAGGCACCUUCCUACAGCUUGGAGCAAGAGUCUGAUGGUGCUAUCAAGCAGUUGCGGGCAAUCAGUACCCCAGAGAGGUCCAUCACUGACGUCACGUUCGGAGCAGGGGUCAGUUUCAUAGGAAUAUCACAGACUCCCUUUGCAGCCAAAGAGAAAACAGAAGCCCAGAAUCAAGGAAAUGACAUUUUAUGUUUAUCACUGCCUGAUAAAGCGACUCCACCACCUCCGCAGUGGAAUGUGAAGACUCUAGGCAGGACUGAUGACCACCCUGGCUCCAGUAGGAGGUCCAGGAAGACUCCCCUGAAGGCAGCUAACUGAACAAGGACACUGUAGCUGGUGUCUGGGAAGGCAAGAGGCAUUCUACGUCCUGUGUGCAGAAAGGUAGAGGGCUUCCCAACCACCUCACACCCCGUGAUGCUGCCGUUGUGUGCAGAGCAAAUGUGUGGUCACUCAUGUGUGCCCAGCAAAGCUGUAUUUAUCUUUCUGACACAUGACCAAAACUUGUAAAACUAAGAAAUGCCAGAUUUAGGACUUUAGCUAUUUAGUAUUAUACUCUGGAUGUCAGAUUACAAUCUGGUCUUUCAGGAAUACAACUUAAAGUGCAGCUUUCUUUUAUAUAAAUGAAGCUUCUAUUAGCUUGUUUGAAUUCCUUAUAGUACAUAUUUUCCCAAAUCCAUUGACAAAAAUUUGAAUGUAUUAUUUUUUCUAUUAUUUAUAACUGCUGAUUUAAAAGAAGUGUACAGCUUUCUAAGUUGAGAUAAUAAAAGUUAAGAAUAAAUA